AUGUCCUCGGCUCUUGGGCACACGGGCACCAUUUUCGCCUCACGCGACCCAGGACCUCCCACUCCGCAGCCCUCGCCGCAGCAGCAGCAGGCCCGGGGGGCCCCAGCUCGUCAAAUACUUUCUAUUCAGAGCCCGGCGACCGUCCAGAGCGGUUCGCUCUGGCGGACCCCAUGUAUCGGAGACACGCUGGCGGGCAACUACCGAGUAGGACCGGACUACAAUGUCGAUUACUCUCCCCAGGAAUCGCAUCCGGGCGAGCAGAGCCAGCCGCAACACGCUUACGACGCUCACCACCACCACCGCGGGAGCCAACUCCACCCGGGGUCCGGUAGCUUACAUGAACAGACACCGUCGCAUUCGCACCACGCCAUGUCGCAGCAUCACACCCCUCAUCACCAUCAGAUUCUGAUGGACCCGUCGCACCUUGGCGGCUUGCCGGCGGCCAGGCAUAUGGGACAUCCCGGACCUUCCCAUUAUGGCGCUCCAACUUCUUCUCACGGCGUGCCACUCUACCCGUCCAUGACGCCUACGCAACCGCAUAGUGCUGGGACCAAGCGAAGCCGGCCGGAUGACUUGGACCUGUCUGUCCCCGGCAUGCCCGACUUGGAUCAGGGCGACCUCGACUCAAUGCAGCAGACACCUCUGGGUGCCGCUUAUGCUCAAGCAGCUGGCGCGCAACCGACACAUCACCACCAUCGUCUGCCGGAUCAGGGCCCGCCAACGAAGAUGAUGAGGCGCGACGGUGACGGAGGGCUGCCAGGGAGUGGAGGGGCUCCGAGUGUCGUGGGACAGGUCGGCAUGCCAGCGCCGGCUCCGAGACCCCGGGGGCCGAAGUUGAAGUUUACGCCUGAGGACGAUCAACUCCUGAUCGACCUGAAAGAGAACAAGAACCUCACAUGGAAGCAAAUCGCAGAUUUUUUCCCUGGGCGUUCGUCGGGUACUCUACAGGUGCGCUACUGCACGAAGUUGAAGGCGAAGACCACGCAGUGGACCGACGAGACCGACCAAAAACUCCGAGCUGCGCUGGCUGACUACGAAAGCGAGAAGUGGCGCAUCGUAGCGAACAAGAUGGGAACCGGAUUCACUCCGGUAGCCUGCCGCGAACGUACCCAACAACUGCUGGGGGGAGGCGAGGACGAUGAGAACUUAUAG